GUUUUCCUCCGAGUUGGCUCCUCCUGAUUUGAUCUUCACAAUAACCCUGCCAGGUUGGCUCAGAGACUAUGGCCAGGCCGAGGUUGGGAUACAUGUCUGAGCGGGGAUUUGAACCUUGAUCUCCGGGGCGUCCUCGUCCUACCCUGUCACCCCUACUGUUGUGCCAGGAGAAGCUUUACCCGCUUUAUUUCUGCCUGCCAAGCUGCUGCUAAUAGUAAUGGCACAGGAGCCCAGCAAUGGACAAAGAAAGCUUGGCGGCCUUCGUUUCUCGCCCGCCCUGCGCAACCCCCACUCCACACCCCAGCCUCUCUCUCCAAGGGCAGCUGCGCCCGGUCCUUGGGCAAAGGAGGCGCCCCCCGCUGCUGUGCCUCUCCCGCCCGCUUUCCGUUCUUGAGCAACCGGGCAGGAAAAGGGCUGCUGCUCUCACGGCAUAAAUACUAGAGCCCCGACCGAGCGGACAGCCUGCUGCGCGGCGUUGACCCGACCAAAAGCACAGCAUGUUUGGAUAUCGCACCUGGUCGAGGCAGGUAGGAGGGAGAUGCCCGGUCUCGGGGAGGAGGCGGCGCUGGGGGUCGCUCGCCUCGCCCUCCGGAGAGGGGGGACGGAGUGGAGCUGCUGCCCCCCCCCCGAUCUGAGGCUUGUCGAGCGCUGCUUGGCUUUGCAGAAGGUCUGCCACUCGCUGCUGCUAGCAGCUAGACGGCUUCUUUGGACCCACGUCACUCUCACGUGGUGGCUUCGCUUCGCUUGCCAAUGAACUUUUGGUCCAUUUAUUUCUUUGCUUCUAGGAAUGCCGCCGCACGAAGCGCCUUGCGAUUGGAGGCGCGCGCCACACAAGGGCCUGUGGAAACAUGUCCCGGUCUGUGAACUUGGCACCUAACGCAGCCACAUUGUUGGAAAGCUAAGCAGGACCGGGUCUGGUCAGGAUCUGGAUGGGAGACCAUUCCAGGAUGACAGGCGGGGGUCGACAUACAAAAACACCACGAAGACCCUCAGAUUAGCUGAGAUUCCUUCAGUUGCAGGGAGGUGGAAUGGAUGACUCUUGGGGUCCCUUCCAAUUCUACAGUUCUACGAUUAGGAAGUGGAUAGGGAGACAUCUCAUAAUACUAGAACUCGGGACUACCCAAUGAAGCUGAAGUUCACGGAAUCAUAGAAUUGUAGGAAGGGAUCACAAGGGUAAUCUAGUCCAACCCCCUGCAAUCAUGAAGGAAUCUUUUCCCCAACGUGGGGCUCGAACUCACAACCCUGAGAUUAAGAGUCUCAUGCUCUACCAACAGAUGGAAGAAAUGACUUCAUCACACAGAGACAAAGUUUCUGUGGAUUUUUGUUCCCACAACAUGUAGCAGUGUCAGCCAACGUAGGUGGCUUCAAAAAAAAAGAAAAGAAAAAAGGAUCAGACAGUUCCGCCUCCACUGUUUCAGGCAGUAAUGCUUCUGAAUACCAGUUGCUGGAAAACAUAGGAGAAGGGAAUUGCUGUUGCACUCAGAUCCUGCUCGCAGGCAUCUGGUUGACACUGUGAGAAGACGAUGCUGGACUAGAUGGGCCAGCAGGCUCCUCUGUUCUUAUUAUGCCAGCAGCCCUUACAGGAGGUGCCCCUCUUUAAUCAUGUGCCACAGAGAUUUGAAUUAGCAACCCAUCUUGAGGCCUUCUCUUCUCGGAAAGGAUAAAUCCCCCCUUCCAAAAGAUACCAACAUGCCCAUCUUCCAGAGAGAGUCUAAAGUCUUUGUGUGCCUUUUUUCACUGAGACAUCCCUGAAAGUUUUGCAUCUUUUUGCUGAUUCGCUCAUCCCAAGAGCCCCCUGCCCCUAUGCAGCCAGUAGCAAGGACCUUUGAUAUCAUGGCUGCUGUCAGGCCCCCCUUUUUAAUGGAAAUAUAAACAGUGCUUGUUUUUUCAGCACAGAAAUGUAGGGCUGGACAGACAGCACCUGUCAAAUUUUGUGUGUCAUGCAGAUGGGUAAAGCAGAAAGCCCUCACUUAAAAAAAAAAAAAAAACAAGGUGGAAAUACACCUCACAGUAUAUCAUUUCUCUACCCUAGGAAAUGCUGUUAAGGGAGUGGAGUUGUGUGACACUUAGGUGGGGGGGGAGGGAAUUAUUCACAAUUAUCUGUGGAGAAAUCUUGCUAUUUGUGUGUAGCAUUUUACACGGCGUACUUAUGGCAAAAUGCAUAUCUUAAAUCCCUUAUAGCUCCCUGGGGUGGCCUUGUGGCCACAGCCAUUCAGUAGAAAUGAAAUGGUUUGUUUUAUAAUGUGCAUUUUGUCUUCCCUGUAUGAAACUAAUUGCAGUCUGAAGAGUGUGAACAUCCCAGUGCUGGUGCUCUGUGGCAUGUGGUAUUAGAUCAAGCUGCGUUAUGGCUACCCAAGGUCAUAACUCUUCCUUCCCUGAAGGAAAGAAUGCCAGUCACCUGCUGUUUCACAGCUGGCAGUGUUUUCUCCCAGCACUCUGUUCUGCGUUAAUUUGCAUGUUCUUAUCUGCCACUUAUUUGUUACCGUUUGCAUCCCAUCCUUCGUGCAAAGAAUUUAGGCUGCUGGUUUAGCUUUGCAAUGCCCUGUGCAGUAGAUCAGAGUGAGGCAUAAAGCCACGCUAGACAGGUUUGAAGUUGUUCUGUGUGUGUAAACAUGGCACUGCCCCAGUCAUGUGAAAAUGGGAGGUGCAUUUGUAAAAACAAAAGGGGUGUGUGGAUUUGCACUGCAGAACCUUCCUCGAACCAAGGUCUGUGCGCAGCUGAUCUCUGCAUAACUUCUCUGCCCAUGCAGUUUCCCCUCAGAUGUAGUUAGAAUACCCAACUGAACCUGCCUAAGAGAAAAGUACUUGGGGAGAGGGGCUGUGGGCAGGUCAAGCAUGGAAAGGAGACACGACCAGCCCUACCAUUGGGCAGCAUGAGGUAAUUGCCUCAGGCGGCAGAUGCUAGGGGCCAGUAGCUCCUGAUUGUUCCUCCUGCUUCCUUUUUUGUGGCACACAGCCUCUCCUGGGGCCCCUAAUCCGGCCUGCUGCCUUCAUUGCCAGUCCAGUCAACUUGUAUAACUGGAACAGGGAAAAGAUGCCUCAGAUAGUAAAAUGUCUUGGCUCAGCCUUGAGGGGGAUUUUAAGUUCCCUUGAGAGCCAGUGUGGUGUAGUGGUUAAGAGCGGUAGUCUCGUGAUCUGGGGAACCGGGUUCGCGUCUCCGCUCCUCCACAUGCAGCUGCUGGGUGACCUUGGGCCAGUCACACUUCUCUGAAGUCUCUCAGCCCCACUCACCUCACAGAGUGUUUGUUGUGGGGGAGGAAGGGAAAGGAGAAUGUUAGCCGCUUUGAGACUCCUGAAGGGGAGUGAAAGGCAGGAUAUCAAAUCCAAACUCCUCUUCUUCUUCUUCUUCUUCUUCUUCUUCUUCUUCUUCUUCUUCUUCUUCUUCUUCUUCCUCCUUCUCCCAUGCAUUUCUUUUGCUUUGGCAAUUGGAUCCUCCCUACUUUUUUUUUUUGAGUAGGGAAGUUCUGGGUGCCAAAAGAGAAAUUGUGUACUUUCCCCCCCAACAAGACAGCUGCCAAAAGGGGUUUAAUCCUUUGUAUCCACUUCAUGGUCCCAAUGAAAAUUUCAUCUCCCUUUUCUCUGCCUCUCCAAUGCUGCAAUUGGCUCACCAGUUAAAUUUCCAUAUACUGUAUACUUAUUUGAAGAUGGCUAUCAUAUCUCCUCUUUUCCAGACUAAACAUACCCAACUCCUUCAAGUGCUUCAAGGCUUAGUUUCCAGACCCUUGAUCAUCUUGGUUGCCAUCCUCUGGACAUGUUUCAGCUUGUCAACAUCCAUCUUAAAUUGUGGUGCCCAGAACUGGACACAGUAUUCCAAGUGUGGUCUGACUAAGGCAGGAUAGAGUGUUACUAUCACUUCCCUUGAACUGGACACUAUACUUCUGUUGAUACAGCCUAGAAUAGCAUUGCUUUUUUGCUGCUGAAUCAUACUGUUGAGCUUGUGGUCUACUAAGACCACUAGAUUCUUUUCACAAGUACUCAUGGCAAGCAGGUGUCCCCCAUCUUGUAUUUGUGCAUCUGGUUCUUCCUGCCUAGGUCCCUACUGAAAUUCAUUUUGUUAGUUUGGGCCCAGUUCAUCAAUCUGUUAGGAUAGGGUCAUGUUGAAUACUGAUAUAUACUGUCUUCUGUGGCACUAACUACCCCUCUCAGUUUGGUGUCAUCUGCCAAUUGGAUGAGCAUUCCCCCCACCCCCAUGAAUGAGCUUAAGAUAUGUGCUUUCUCCUCACUAAAUGAUACUAAAUACAGGCUAAAGUACAAAGUGCGCAAUGUUGUUCUAGUUAAAUGAAGUCUACACUUUGAAUGCUACAGCCAUACUUUCAGCAUCUGUUCUAUUCCUUGAAGGGAUAGAUAGUCUUUGAAUAGCAGGGCUGCCUAGUGGUGCUGCAGGAAUCAACUUUGCCUUGUGAAGGCAUGCAUGGGUUGCGCCUGUCAAGGAAUUUAUUAUCUAACUUUUGUGUUCCCAUGAGGGGGAAAAGCCGAACUAUGAGGAAAAAGAAUACAAAGGAGGAAAGUUUGCUACCAUCGAGCACACCGGAGAAACUUUUGAUGCGGCCUGUCUUGAAGCCGUGGCAAAACUGUAUAAAUACUUGGAAGGAAGCAAUGACCAAGGUGAAAAGCUUUACAUACUUUCUUCACAUCCCCCUUAAUUCAGCUGCUUAAUUGUUCAUUAUCUAAUCCUUGGGGGGAAAGACAACAUGAACAUGUAUUUGUUCAUAUUUGUCAUUUUGUGAGUGUCUCAGAAAAGUGGAAUCUUUGAUCUGCAUUUCUUUUGCAGGGGCUAAGAUGGGUGUGGUAGACCGAGUGUGUAUCACUGCAUUGCCUGCGGAUGAUGGGUCACUGCAGCUGAAGGUGAAAGUCUCGCUACAGAUUCCAAGCCAGUUCCAGGCCAGUCCUCCUUCACCCGCUGAUAAGAGCAUCUGGAUUGAACAGAGAGGGAAAAUGGCUGUUUUCUUCAUGUAGGUUUCUUAAGCCGGUUGUGUAACUCUAAAGCCAACCUGGUUCCCUCCAGGUCUUGUUGUGCCACAACUCCCAUCAUCCCUAACCAUUGGCCAUGAGAGUUUACAUGUCCCCUCUCAACAUGCUGUGAUAUUGACCACACACCCAAUGCCUAGCAGUUACAGUACAGUCAAACCUUGGAACUUGAACGGCUCUGUUGCCGAACAUUUCAGUUCCCAAACGACGAAAACCUGGAAGUAAGUGUUCCGGUUUUCCAACAUUCUUCAGAACUCGAACGUCCAACACGGCUUCCACUUGAGUGCAAGAAGCUCUUGCAACCAACCGGAAACCGAGCCUUGGAACUCAAACAUUUCAGAACUCGAACGGUCUUCCAAUAUACAGUGGCAGUAUACAUUAUUCCUAAAUAUUUAGGAAUGCCCUGUUAGAGUGACUCUGGUGCCCAGCUUUUGAUCAUCAUGCUCAGAAUGCUAUUUCUGUUAGCAACACUAGGGAGAAUGAGAGCAGGAUGGGCCUGUAGUUUGCUAGUUGUCCCGGUCAAAAUGUGUACCCAAACACUAGGCUUUGUGGUUAGUUUCUGUCUUCCUUUAAAGUUGCUCAUACAUCCCCGGGGGAGGUGUCCCCCAUUCUGCAAGAACCCUGACUUUCAAAUACCCAAGGCUGAGGCCUAGAAACUCUUUUAGUUGAGCUACGGCUCUGAGCCAGUAAGAUGUUAUACAGCAGCUGUCCAUCAAUGUCUAGAGUGCUAAAUCCAUUAGUAGCCCAAACAGAUGUAUCGAGAAUUGAUAGCCUGUCAUUUCUGAUGUGUCAGUUCCUUUGAACCAAGCUGAAAGAUCUUGAAUGAAUUUGGCCUGCCACUUUUGGUUGGGGAGCUUGUUUAUGCACACUCACUUCCCGGGGGUGUGGGGUGUGUGGGGGGGGGACGAUACAGCAGAUCAUUCAGCCCAAAUGGCCUUUGGGUGUCACUCUGGUGUCAAGGGAAAGCAAAACUUUAUUGCAAUUCCUGCGAUGAAGUCGGCUGUCAAGGACCACAUUUCAGAAAAAGUAAGCCUCUCUUUGUCAACACAAGGGGACUGGGAAUCCACUCUAAUUCUCCAGGCGCAGCGAGGGGAAUAUGAAGAGGAGGCUUCCGUUGUUCAUUCUAAAUGUCUGGCACAAAAUGUCAUGUUGGGCUUUGGGAGCAAAUUUCCCUUUGUGGCAGUUGCCUUAACCACAACCACUCUUUAUGCUAUUAUGGUAGAUGAGGUUCGCUUGACUGACAUCUCUGGAAAUUGCCACUAAAGACACAUAUUGAUUCUAACCAUGAAUGACACCUGGGCAAAUAGGAUUUGAUCCUCUUUUACCAAAGUCCCAUGAAAACAAAAAUGUAAAAAAAGGGGGAGAGGGAGUGGGUUAACGGAUGUGGUUGAACAGUCUUUUUUGUUUCCUUUCUUCACACACAGUAACCAUUUUAGAUGCUCUUCUGAUUGAGCCAUUGUGAACAUAUUUAAGGUGCUAUCUAUGUUGAAGGGAACCCAGUACCAUUCUGCUCAACUUUCUGCCGAGGACGCAACUUAGAAAUGAACAGGAGCACAAUGAUGCUCUUAUGCAACUCUCCUUCCUUUCAGUAGGGCUUGUGCAUGAGAACAUCCCAGUGCAUUGUAUCCCAUGGGCCAGAUCUGUCUUAUUUCCUGCUUGGACACCUCUAAUGGCACUGGAAAUCUGCCACCUGCUUUGCCUUGAGAUCUGCUUCUGGGGCACAUUACAGAAAGGCACUUGCAAAUCUAACAAAUCUACUUAAAAACUCUGCUUGAAUUAUUCUUUUUCCUCUUCUGCAAUUACAUUCAGGGACUGGUCCACACACCACCCUCUAAUUUUCCCCUUUGUUUUUAUUGUUCUCUUGUUUUUUCUUUGUUCAUAGGAGAUUUCAAGGCAAUGCCAAAGGAGAGGAGUAUAAGAAUUAUGCAGCUCAGCUGAGAUCUGCAGUAGGAACUGAGAAAGCUGACCACAAAGAGCUAUAUAUUUUCAGCAGCUAUGAUCCCCAAAACAAAUCCUUCGGGAAUUGCCAUGAGGUUUCACUGCGGAAGAAGUGAGCAGUCCAAAAACAAGAAAGAUGCCCCAAUUGGGGAAGGUGGAAGAAGGAGGAAAAUAUCCACAGGUGCUAUAGAAAGCUGAUGUGCGUUUUGAAAUUUACCCAGCAUGUUUUGAGCAUAUUGCUUUUUAUCAAAGGUUGUUCCAGCUUUGCUGCUUUCUUUCAUAAGCCAUGAGUUGCAUUUCUUGGGCUGUUUCCAAUCUAAAACAGAAUAGCAGAAGUAAAAUACCAUUAAUAAAGAGAAGUGCACUCAAAAAGCAUUGGGUGUACCCAAAGAUAAAUACCGUAAAUCAGCGGAGGGUUUUUUCUGACACCAAAACAAGUUUACCUCAUUGUUGGUAGGCUGUUCGCAUUCUACUAUCCCCCCUUAGUUCAGAAUCUAAAUAAAAACUGUAUCAGUAAUAGGGGGAAAGGUCCUUAUUCUGAGCUUGCAUGUUCCUACUGUCCUUUGGUUGUGACCUCAACAAUGUCAGCUAGAUCUCUCCCGAAGUUGUCCAGAGGGAUAAUAAGACAGCUGUACUUACAAGCCAGUAAAACCGGCACCUGUUAACAGAUUGGUAUUUCCUGCAGCACUGUCAACCUGUUACACUCAUCUGACUUGGGAGAUAAUUUCUAUCCUUAGUCCAAGUCAACCCUAGAGGCUGCUUUCGAGUAAGGUACACUGACAGUGCAGUCCACAAACUCCUGAAAUGGGUGUUCUUGUCUUUGGAGCCAUGUUUGCAUUAGAAUUAGUAGAAGCUGCAUCAUUGGCAACAGCAACGAUCACCAGCUGCCAUUGUGUCAUUAGGUAAGGCUCAUGUGGCAUUGGAAAGGCAUUUGGGGCAAGUACAUCUUGAGGUUGUGUCUAAAUGCCAACAGCCUAUUUAUUUGGAAAUGCCUAAGCUUUUCUUAACUUCAGUCUCCUUUUACAAUCAUGGAUUCAUAUGGUUAGAAGGUACCUGGAGAAGUCAUCUUUCUUUUCGUAAAUCUGCCAAAGAAUAAAAUAAACUAAAAUUGGAAUUGACGAGUUUUCUCAGGAUGGUGGAAUGCAUGUGUGACAUCUUCCAGUGGUCUAGUGGUGGUGGCACUCACCAUUCUUCUGAUAGAAAAUGCUCUGCAGGAGCAGGGAGAGGAAAAAAUGGGGGCUCAAGGAGGGUCGGUUGGGGUGGGAGUGAUAAAUGAUCUUAUUUUCAUCUGAGCAAUGUUGGAGGGUAUGGUAUCCCCAUAUAGUGCUCUAACGGAGACCUUUGCUCUGCAUUACUUUUUAUUCCCCCCUUUUGAAGCGAGAGGCUCACCUCAGACUGAAGGAUGAAGGACCUCAGUCCAAGCUAUGAUCUGACUACUGCAUUUAAGCCCUAGAUCACUUUGUACCUUAUAACUCUUUGUUUGCUGGAAUGCUUGCUGAGAUGUCUUAAUGGAACACCCACCCUUUUGCCAAAGCCUUUCAGCUUCUGAAGAACUGUGCAAUUUUCUACCUAAAUAUGGAUAUGAAGGGCUGUUAUUAAGCACAUUUUUAAAAUAAUAAUAAAAACAAAUAUAAAACGCA